AUGGCGACAGCGGCGGCGAGACAGCGCCGCUCGCCGCCCGGAGAAGCAGAGGGGGAGCCCGAGGCGAAGAAGAUGAGGUCGCUCCAGCCGCCGGAUUUCGCCGGUGGCCGCCGCGGCGUCGUGCUCAACCCCGCCGACUGUGAUCUCGGUAUGCUCCCCGCCCGUCUCUCUCUCUCUCUCUCUUUCUCUCUCUCUCUCUCUCUCUCUCUGUUCUUCCCUACCGGAACUCCGAUCGCGAGCACUAGAAGGGUUUUGCUGAAUUCCUGCUCCGAGUUUCCUCUUUCACCGGAUGAUUCCCGAGAAAGUAGGGAGACUCGUCGCCUGGAAAUUCUCAGCGUGAGAUAUGAAUAUCCCAUGCGCCUUGGGAAGCUCUCGGAGUGACGAGUGACCGAGGAAAUCCGGGCCAGAAAUGAUCUUCGUUGUGCCCUCGAGAACUGUACAGAUUUUGGUGGAUGGCGAUUCGGGUCUCUGAAGAUGAUGACGACGAUGAUGAAAACUGUGUUCAAUUCGAGGGCAUCCGAUGGAAGCACAGACAAGCCCCUGUUCAUCCAGCAUCGCUGCGGGGAAGAAGAAGCCAGCUACCGAGAGAAUCUUCAUGACCAUCGUCUUCCUUGUCUCCUGUGACAGAUUUUACCGUCGACGGUGAUGGCCUCCGAGGCCAUGCCCUGCACGAGGAUGGGUUCGCCUACUGUUGGUCCGGCGCCCGCGCCGCCAUCGGGAUCACCGCUGGGAAGUACUGCUUCGGGUGCCGGAUCCUCUCCGACCAGGAGGUCCAGAUGGAUGACACUCCGGCGGACCAGCGGCAUCUCUGCCGCAUCGGCGUCUCCCGGCGGGACGACCCCGUCGGAAGCUUGGGGGAGACCGUGGGCGGCGGCGGAUUCGGCGGCACCGGGAAGUUCUCCACCGCCGGGAGAUUCUCAGACUACGGGGAGAAGUUCGGCGCCGGCGACACCGUGGUCUGCGCCGUCGACCUCGAGAGCUCCUCUUCCGCUGCCGUCGGGUUCUCGCUGAACGGGCGGUGGCUGGGCACUGCUUGGAGAUUCGACGCCGGCGAGCUUCGGGGUUCUGGUCUUUUUCCCCAUGUCCUCCUGAAGAAUGUUGCAGUGGAUAUGCAGUUCUCCGUAGAAGACGGCCUGGUUCUCGAAGAAGGGUUCAAGCCCUGGAGCUCCGCCGUGGAAGACGGCAACGCCAUCGCUGGGCCUUCCUUCCUCCCCGCCGGGAACUGCGAGGUGGUGAUGAUGGUGGGCCUCCCCGCCGCCGGGAAGACCACCUGGGCGGAGAAGUGGGCGGAGGAUCAUCCCGAGAAGAGAUACCUCCUCCUCGGCACCAACCUCGCUCUGGACCAGAUGAAGGUCCCCCCCCCCCCUCCACUCCAUUUUUUAAGCCCGUUCUUCGCUCCUCCCUCUGAUCACACUCUCUGCGCAGGUGCCGGGGCUGCUGAGGAAGAAGAACUACGGCGAGCGCUUCGAGCGGCUGAUGGAGAUGGCGACGGGGAUCUUCAACACCUUACUGGCCAGGGCCGCCAGGACCCCCAGGAACUACAUCAUCGACCAGACCAACGUCUACAGGAGCGCCCGCAAGCGGAAGCUCCGCCCCUUCGUUGACUUCCGCAAGGUGAACGAUUGCAUCCUCCUCUUCCCCGCAAACGAAUGUCUUUCGGUCAGCGAUCACCAGUACCCACUUGGAUUCUCCUGCCAUCGUGCCCGCCCAGAUCGCAGUGGUCGUCUUCCCGGCCAUGGACGAGCUCAGAUGGAGAUCGGAGAAACGGGUCAGGGAGAUGGGGAAGGAGGUUCCUGCGGAGGCGGUGAACGAAAUGAUCGGUGUGAAGCUCCCAUCAAUCCAAAGCGUCAACUUGAUCGAGAGCGAUAGAUCUUUUUACUUGGGUUGCUGUUUCUGAUCUCCACUGCAUCGAUUCCUCUCGCAGCAAACUUCGUCUUGCCGGUCAGGAGGGACACGCCUCAUGCCGACGAGCCCUUUGACCAGGUUUUUCAUCGAGGACGUCUCUGAACUCGCUUCGGGGAUGGCGAUGGCAGCUUACGAUCCUACUCUCUCUCUCUCUCUCUCUUUCUUUCUCUCUUUCUCUCUCUUGCCAGGUCAUGUUUCCGGAGCUCGAUCGAAGAGAAGCAGAGAGGGUCCUGGAGGAGAUGAAACGCACCGUGAGGUCAGCUGCAAAUCCUAGUGAGAGAAGCAGCUUCCCACUUGUUCGAGCCGCCGCCGCCGCCGCUCCAGGUUCUUCUGCAGCUUCUGGGGGACAUCCGAGUUAUCAUCCGCAAGCUUCCAUUCAGGUCGGCGAGAUUGCUCCUGGCUCCGUUUUCUGCAUCUCUGAUGACGAAUGAGCCUUUUGGUUUUUUCCAGUGGAAGAGCCCUGAUCUUGUCUACGCCGGCGGCGGCGUCGGCGGAGGCGGAGCUUACAGUCACUGGGGAGCACCCGCUCCUGGUCCUCCGUUUCCCGGCGGAGCUCCGGCUGGUGGGAGGCCGAGCUAUUAUUAUUCCAUGGGGAGGUCGGCGGGGGGAGAGCUUGGAAAUCUCCGGACGCCACCGUUGGCCGGAGAUCCCCUCUUCUUCCGGCGAGGAGGUCUUCUGCCAGCAGCAUACGGUCCGUCACCUGUUAGAGAGAGAAAGAGGGAGAGAGAAAGCUGCUAUGGUCUUCUAA